AUGCGAACACGCAGCGUUCCGAAGCGCAAAGCGCCAGCAUGCACGCACGUCAGUAUGGAGCGCAUUCCGCUCAACGUUUCCGAAGGCUUCUCUUGCCCCAGCUGUGGCAACUACCGAGCACUGGGUUUUCUUUACAUCUGUCGCCAGGAGCGUGACAUGGCCUAUCUCGAGCACCACGCAGCAGAUGAGCCGGAUGCGAAUUAUUCGGCUAAGUCGCCAUUGCGCCGGGAGAUGGAGCACAUUGGCCUGAGCGAGAGCGUCAUUGUGACCGCGGAACAAGGUCUCUACACAGAUCAGCAACUUGAGAAGCUGAAGGUGAAGAAGACGGAGCUCAACGGAGUCAUUGCAGGAGCGCUACAGGCCGCUCCGAUGAGGGAAGCCAUCGUGCAUGUGUCCGUCAACGCGCUUGAACCGCCGAAUAAUGAUGGAGCGCUCAAUAGCCUCCCCGAAGUAGUCGAGGACGAAGUCCGACCCCUCGAACCCACUGAGGCAAACUUGUUGCCAAUCAAGUCUGCGCAGAUCAUGAAGCACAUCUCUUGUCGUCCGAUACCCACUACGCUGUGCAUCCCAACAGAUGAAAACACACCAAGCACGCUUCUAGUAUCCUCCGGUUUCUCUGACGAUUCGCAUUCUACGCCCUCGCAAUCCAGCGUCUACACCUACAAGACCACGCAAUCCGAGAUUGACACGCUAAACACUACCCGCCGUCACCGCCGCCGCUUCUACAAGAUGGGCCGUCGUUCCUCGUUUGACAUUGGUCGAGAUCUCUCGCGUGAACUACCGCUAUUUUCCCGUCGAGGACUCAAGGAAGCGUUCAAGGGCGUCUUCCGCACUACGGCGCGAGAUUCGAGCUCAUCAGGCUCCAACAUUACGCUCCCUAUGCCGCAUACCGCCGCUGCUAGAGACUCGGGCAAUGCGUCGGCGAUGGGCGAGUUUGAUAUGGGAGCAUUGCGCCGCGUGAAGCGCCAGAAAGAUCGUUUUGACUUGAAGCAGGAGCACAAGCACGGUGAUCAUACAUACGGACAAAACAACCCGAACUAUGUGCUUAGGCGCCAAUUCUCGAGCAGUGGUGAGUCAGACAGCUCGGGCUCGAUGCAUUCGGUCUACUCGUGCGUGUCUGAGGGGAGCGAGGUAGAGGUGGAAGGCGGUGUGGCACUGACAGAGGAAGCGGUGGAGACGCAUACGCCGAACAUCAUCAGCGACCCAGAGAGCAUCAUGACGCAGCUUUAA